AGGAGUAAAGUGGCCGCAGCGUUACUGAACAAGCACCUACAGAUCAACGGCAUAAGCGCACUCGGAGCGCUAUCGACUUCGGAUGCUGUGAAGGACGUCGAUGUGGAAACGGAUCCGGAUUCUGGAGCUUUUCGACCAGCGGCCUCGAGUAACAAAAUGAAACGGGAACGGAAAGCGGCGCGUACCUUGGGUAUCAUUAUGUCCGCAUUCUUGGCGUGUUGGCUACCUUUUUUUACAUGGUAUAUGAUAAGCUCGCUGAUGGAAGCCGGUUCGUGGAUGCCUCGGUGGGUAACGGUGCUCGUGUUCUGGGUGGGCUACUUCAACUCGGCUCUUAACCCGCUCAUCUAUGCGUACUUCAAUCGGGAAUUCCGGGUGGCGUUCCAGAAGACGCUACAGAGCUGCUGGCCCAGGUCGCCUCCAUGGUGUCCGCCGUGCCAGCGCCGCCGAUACGAGCAAUCACGGAACGAUACAACCACACCAACCGCGGCUUUCGGCCAGCAGAACAUGUACAACUACAGCAACGCUUCCGAAGUGCAUUAUAUGAACCCGGCAACCAUAGCUCUGCUCCAAAACAACGGUGGCAGUGGCGACAGUGUUGGCAAGGGAUGUCGGACCGAACAAAACGUUCUGUAGAAAAAAAAUAAUAACGCAACAUGUGUAACGUGUACGUACCUAUAGCUAAUUUUUCUCCCCGAAAACCUACGCCACGACAAUCUACUCCACAGCAUACAAACUACAAAGGGGUUAUAGGGCUGCGAGCAAAUAAAAUUUGAGGAGUGGUGGUUCCAAGGCGCAGACGCGGACCUCGUCAGUUAGAGUUGUUCAAACUAUAAAACAUAUAGUGAGAUUAUCAUUGUUUUCAGUAAGCGCGAGUGCAGAAAGUUUCACCCAUGGCAUUUAAAAAUAUGCUAGACACUCCUGAGUCCUGAAAAACACUGUAACUCUUAGCAAACCUGCAGACCUAAACACUGUUGUGAGUGCGUCACUAAUGACUAUUAUUAUUCGUUUACGUAUUAUUAUGUCUACCUGCAUAAUAUUAUAUAUUACAUUUUAUUAAUGUACAGUCUCUAGGUGAAAAUAAUAAUUAUAAUAAAGCCAAUGAAACAUUUCACGUGAUAACUGUAGCAUGAAUUCGAAACCUAAACUGAAAAUUCCUUCAAUGCCAUAGCACAAUCAUAAUAUAUUAUUUAUGAUGGUAACUCUAAACACUUAUGCUUUUAUUGAUGACUCGGUGAAAUAUCGUGGUUCUAUUGCGUGUUAUUAUUAUUAUUAUAUAAUAUCCGUCGGCGAUAUUUCAUUGUUUGACUAUGCGGGGUGACACAUGCAGUAUAUUGUGACCUUAACCCUAAAUAAUUAAACAAAUCUCUGACCGUUGUCGAAUCUCGUCGUCGCCAAUUCAAAUCGUUAUCGCAUUCAUAAAAAUAUAAUGACAUAAUAAUAUUAUAGUGCAGGAUUUCACACAUUAUUAUUACAACUAUUAUUCUCGUUUUUAUGCCACAGUUCGAUCGAUGUUCAAACUCGUUUAAGUAUUUCAAUUUCCAGUUAUAACUUACAAGUAUACAACAUAAUAAUGUGACCAUAGAAUCCAAUAAAAACAAAAUUUUGAAAUAAAAAUAAAAUGUUAAGAA